UUCUUGAUUACCAUCUUUGAAGUUUUAUAUCAAUUUUUACCGCCUAGUCAAUCGCUCAUGAAAUAACUAAUUUCUAUAGUACCACGUAUCUACGAAUGAGACAAGACGCUACAAGAAGAAUAGAACCAGAAGAUAGAGGAAGAAGGUCUGACAUCUUUUGCCAGAAAUCAAUCGAACUCUUAAUGGAGUGGCUCGAGGAUAACCUGGAUCAUCCCUAUAUCGAAAGAAAAGAUCUCCUAAGAAUCCAAGGAAAAACAAGGCUUACUAAAAAGCAAAUAAUGGGCUGGUGUACAAACAUUAGAAGAAGAAGACUUACCGUUGUAAGAGAUGCAGAUGGGAAUAGAAAUCUCGUCCCACUGGAUAACCCUGAGAAAAAGAGAAAGAAAAAUGAGCCAGGUAAAAGAAAGCCAAUCAUUCUUUUGAACAAGAACGAAAAGACUCAGGACAAGUCUCAAGAGCAGGAAGAGGAGGAAAAAAUUCAGUUCAAGGAUAUGUCAGAAUGUAACAUGGAAGAAUCUUCCCCAAAACAUAAACCUAACAUUCAUCAAACAAAGAAGAGUGAGGUAGCUUUGAAAAAGGUACGAGAGAGUCUCCGCAACUUAUUUGAUGAAACUUUUCGAUCAUCUAAGUAUUGAUGGUGAGAUGCUUAUGAAUCUUUCGCUUCUUCCAUGAUAUAAUCCAAGGUUAGAGCAAAAUCCAUACUUAAUCUUAACAGCAAAAGGUAAAUU